UUAGGGGUCGGCAGAUAAAUUUUUGGCUUAGAAACCCUAAUUUAUAUAUAAUAUCGCCACCUGGUUUAUUAGAAAUAAACCAGUUAUAGUUAUUUUAAUCUGGGGUUCAAAGAAAAAUUAAUUGCCAUUAUGAGUAAGCUUAUCCCGUCCGUCUCCAAACUUCUUUCGGGAGCUAAAAUAUCGAAAGCUGCCGCCCCUGUGACCGUAGGCUCGAGUGCAAAUUAUAGUACAAAAUCAGAAGCAACAUUUGAAGUGAAGCCCUAUAAACUUCAUAAGUUAGAUAAAGGGCCAGCUACAACUGCCACACUUACAGCUGAAGAUGCUCUUAAAAUUUGUGAGAAACUUGCCGUUCUGCGACGAAUUGAAACUGCCUCAGGCAAUCUGUACAAAGAAAAGAUUAUUCGUGGAUUCUGCCACUUGUAUUCAGGCCAAGAAGCCGUAGCUGUUGGUAUGCGUACAGCGAUGCGAGAUGUUGAUACAGUCAUAACUGCGUACCGAUGCCACGGCUGGACCCACCUGAUGGGUGUCAGUGUUCUGGGUGUGCUGUCAGAACUGACUGGCAGAAGGACUGGUUGUUCUAGGGGCAAGGGAGGCUCCAUGCACUUGUACGGAAGGAACUUCUUUGGUGGCAACGGCAUUGUCGGUGCUCAGGUGCCACUAGGUGCUGGCAUAGCAUUCGCUCACAAGUACCGCGGCGACGGCGGCGUUACUUUCGCUUGCUACGGCGACGGCGCCGCCAAUCAGGGCCAGCUGUUCGAAGCGUAUAAUAUGGCCAAACUGUGGGACCUGCCAUGUGUGUUCGUUUGCGAGAAUAAUGGAUAUGGUAUGGGUACAAGCGUGGACCGGUCAUCGGCCAGCACGGACUACUACUCGCGCGGUGACUACAUUCCCGGCAUCUGGGUGGACGGCAUGGACGCCAUCGCCACGCGCGAGGCCACGCGCUUCGCUAUCGAUUACUGCACCAGCGGAAAAGGUCCGCUGGUAAUGGAGAUGGAGACGUACCGGUACUCCGGGCACUCGAUGUCUGACCCGGGCACAUCUUACCGCACGAGAGACGAGGUGCAGGAGGUGCGGCAGACCAGGGACCCCAUCACCUCCUUCAAGGACAAGCUGCUUACGUCGGAGCUGGCUACACCGGACCAGCUCAAGGAGAUAGAUGCUAAGGUGCGUAAAGAGGUGGACGAAGCGACAAAACAGGCGAAGACCGAGGCCGAGGUACCCGUUGAGGAGCUUAGCGGAGACAUCUACUACAAAAGCCUGGAGCCCCUCAUCCGGGGCAUCCACCCCGGGGCUCCGCUGAACCACCUUGAAGUGGUGCCAAGGCAAUAAACUGAUUUUUUAUCUCAGUAAAGUGACAGGUGAUAUGUAUUGGUCUAUU